AUGCGUCUUUCGUCUGGCCUCCUCGUGGCUUGCGCCUCGGGUGUCCUGGGUCAGUUCCAGCAAAUCCACCAUUUCAAGAGAUUCACCAACUCCAGCACCUCUGCUUUUGAGACUACUUCUUCCGUCGAGGCAACCACCACGAGCGCUGCUCCAACUAGCGUAGCGUCCGUUGAGCUAAAUCUCAAAGACUUCGUCUUGGGCCAGGGUGCUUCUUUUUACCCACCACCUGAUGGUGACAGCAUUCUCAUGGCUCCCGAACCCUAUGAUGGUUCUUCGCUUGACCGUCGCCAUUUCAUUAGAGCCCUUCCCUUUACGCCACCAAACAUCUCCAUUACCUAUGUCAAAUUCACAGUACCUUCUUUGAUUCGAUACGGUCCGCUUGUUCUGACUUGCAGUAACUACUUGCCUUGUUUUGGCUUUGACCAAUGUACUGCACUAAUUAACAGCGGCAACGACGGCAGCGGCAACAGCAAGCGGGACGUGCCUUGUGUUUAUCGAGUCCUCGUCGAUGGCGAGGUUGUACUUCAGCAACCAAUAACCGGAACAGGCUCUCUUGACCUUUCUACUAAUCCAUUUCCCCUGAAAUCUGAUUAUAAGAUCACAUUCGAACAGGGUUGUGGUGGCACGUUUAUCCCUGUUAUCCUCAAAGGGGUCAGCGUUGUAGAAGCGCCCGACAAAACCUCAACUCCUAUCUCUUCGAUAGUCAUCGCAACCGGUAAUUCUGUGGAAACUGGUACCGCCACAACUGAGAGUGCCAUCGAGACCACAGGAGCUUUCUUCACCACCAACUCUGAGGGCGAGACAGUCACCCUCGCUGAACCUACUGACGCUGCAUCUUCUGGUGCUGCUGGCUUCACCACCAAUUCUGAAGGUGAGACAGUUUUCCCCACAGAGACUGUUUCCACCAACUCUGAGGUCGCUACCACCAACUCCAAUGGUGAGACCAUCUUCCCUACAACUAUUACCGGCGCCGCCUCUACUUCUACUGCCACCUCUGUUCCAGGCUUUCCCGGCAGUAUCAUCGACUUCACUCUCUUCGGAUGCGUUGGCUCUACUGCUGGCUUCCCUACCUUCACUUCUGUCGAGACCAGCGAGCGCAUGGAUCUUGACGUCUGCGCCGGGCUGUGUGCUGGACGCGCUUACUUUGGCGUCUAUGAUACCACCUGCUACUGCGGUAAUGAGUUCGGCGACGAUGCUAGCCGGGUCAACCUUGACGAGUGCGACAUUGAGUGCCCUGGAGAUGACAGCCAGUUCUGCGGUGGUGACUCUUCCGCCAGGAGACUUCUUGCUCGUCAGAACGUCCCCAGCAACCGACUCCUCACAGUAUAUGCUGCUCCUCAGGAUUUAGUAGUCACCGAUUCUCUCACUCAAACAGUGACUGAGGAGCAGACUGUCGUUACUACAUUUACCACUACCGUCACUGGAGCUUCCACCACAGCUGUUGAGGUUAUCACUACUGCUCUGGUCUGCGUCAAUGGUCAAUGCUUCCCCGGCUCUUCUACUGUCUACAUCUUCGUUGAGAUCAACGGCAGCGACUGUGAUGGUCAGUGGGUCUUUAUUUCUGUGCCUUGCCCCGGUGGUCACAAAUACGUUCCCCAGUAUUGCUCUGGAGGCAACUGUGCCAACCUUCAGGUGUAUAAGCCUCAGCAGUGUAACGACUGGUACAACUACGACUCCUUCUUUGUUGCUUGUGAUUGUGCUACCUGUUCUCAGGGCAUUCAAUAUCUUCCUUGGCAGAACUCAUGGGGUACACCAGAUAAGUGCAACAAUCAAGUUCCUACUUGCUCUGGAGGCAACUGCCCUACCAACAACCAGGGCAUACCUCCCCAUGGUGUCAGCUGGAGCUCCAACUCGACCAGUCCCCAUGGAGGCUCUAACGGUGGCUCAAACGGAGGCUCUGGCGGUUCUGGCGGCUCUGGUGGCUCGGGCGGCUCUGGUGGUUCCGGAGGCUCCAGCUCCGGCUCAGGCUCAGGCUCCAAUGGUGGUUCUAACGGCGGCUCCCACGGAGGCUCUGGAGGUUCCAGCUCUGGCUCAAGCUCAAGCUCCAAUGGUGGUUCCAGUGCCCCCGGCUCCGAGAGUGCUUACCCUAGCACUAUCACUGUCAGUGGUGCUAGUAAGCAAGUGAUGGAUACGCUGGCUUUCCUUGCUGUGUUCAUUGCUUUGUUUUAA